AUGUGGCGAAAACCCUCAGCAACGGGGGCCAACGAUCAUUACGACCAGCUUGACGAUCAGCUGCACCACCGUUCCAGCCUAUUUUAUCACAGCAAGAGCAUCCCAGUCGACAGCAUCACCGCGAUCGUGACGGGGAAGCAGACGACAGUGUUCCGUCGAGCUGCUGCCAACAAGUCGAGCGAGUGCGUGUGCUUGUCGAUCCUCACGCCUACGCGGACGCUCGAUAUCUGUGCCUAUUCACUGGAGGGAUUCCAGGAGCUCUAUCGCGGGUUCUCUUCGCUGCUAGAGGAAAUUAAACGAACACGAGACGGAUUAGACUGA